UGGCCGUUGAGGGGCCGUAACCGUCAGCUUUCUUUCUGGCUGGUGCUGUAUUUCUUGACUAUCAGUUGAAUAUGUCUGGUCGUGGCAAGCAGGGUGGCAAAGCUCGUGCAAAAGCGAAGUCCCGCUCUUCCCGCGCUGGUCUCCAGUUUCCGGUGGGUCGCGUACACCGUCUUCUCCGUAAAGGCAAUUACUCGGAGCGGGUGGGUGCCGGCGCCCCGGUGUACCUGGCCGCUGUGCUAGAGUACCUGACAGCUGAGAUCUUGGAGCUGGCUGGCAACGCGGCCCGUGACAACAAGAAGACGCGGAUCAUCCCGCGCCACCUACAGUUGGCCAUCCGCAACGACGAGGAGCUCAACAAGCUGCUGGGCCGCGUGACGAUCGCGCAGGGCGGCGUCCUCCCUAACAUCCAGGCGGUUCUGCUGCCCAAGAAGACCGAAAGCCACCAUAAGGCCAAGGGCAAGUGAGGCCCUGCUGGUCGUUAGUGCUACUUACCGGACACCAAAGGCUCUUUUCAGAGCCACCCACACCCUCAAAAGAACUGUACGCUGAGCCUGUCGCUGACAGGUACUGGUCAGGGCUGGGUCUCCCCCCAGCGCGGGGUCUGGGGCCUUCACAGCUGAGGCCAACAGCUUCUGUCUGCAGUUGGCCUACGGUCUGUUUGGAGGCACUCCCGGUUUGUCCCUACCAUUCUCCAGUGCUAGAUAACUCGGUUCGUUUUUGGACCACAGGGAAACACUCGGUUCUUUAGAAGUUAGUAUUAGGCUCUGAUAGGUAGCAUUUCUACGGAAACUGAAGUGAAAUGCUUAGAGUUCUACCAAAACGUAAGUCUGUUCGAGUUAGAUCUAAUCACGUUGGGAUUUCCAAAAUGUCUGAGGGGAGAUAAUUCUAUGGAGGUUUUUUUGUUUUUUGUUUUUUUUUUUGGUUAAGGCUAUUGGUAAAGAGCAACCCGAAGUUUUGUGGGGCACAGGGAGCGACUUAGGGCAGUGCUGCCUCGGCCUGCUUAUGGUGGUAGGAUUACAAAUGGGCAUGGUGGUCCAGCAGGUGUUUGGAAUUGGUCACACAAUCGGAUCCACUUAAGUAGCUUAACCUUGAACAAAAUAAUUUGUUGGUUUUGGUAAAACUAGAUUUGAGAGUACAGCAAUGUCCUAAAGGAAAGUAUUAACAUCACAUUAAGUAAAAUGUGAAUUUUUAGAGAGGAUUGUGACUUCUACAAACAAUGUAAAGAAUGGUUGGAGGGGCUGGAGAGAUGGCUCAGAGGUUAAGAGCACUGACUGCUCUUCCAGGGGUCCUGAGUUCAAUUCCCAGCAACCACAUGGUGGCUCACAACCAUCUACAAUUCAAUCUGGUGUCCUCUUCUGGCAUGUAGGCAGAACACUGUAUAUGUAAUAAAAUCUUUUUAAAAAAAAAAGAAUGGUUGGAGAGUUCUAGAUAAAAUCAUCAGGAACAGUCAUGUUAAUCAUUACCAGUGGGAAAGGGAGAGUUGGGGGGUUAAAUGAGUUAUGAUAAUCCUUUAAAAUGCCUCAGAAUCAGAGUGUGCCCCCCCCUUUCCUUUUAACUAUGCUAUUCUCUUUAAGCUUUAACAAUGCAGGACAGCAAGGCAAUUAUAUAAUGUUUAUUAUAUAAAUUAUAUAUACACACUACCAAAACUGGGUCUAUUCAAGCCUGGGCUC